GUUGUUUUGUUCCAGGUGGAUCACCUCUUCCAGCAGCAGCAGCUGUGGACUCCCAUUUCCAAAUUCCUCAGAAACAAUGUUUCUUUGGGUAGGAACUAAAGUCACAGACAGAAGAAAUGAAAGGAAUUCUAUUUAUCAGAAGAUACGGGACUAUGAAGUACUGGAUAGAAGAAAGACAGUGACGGCUCUGAGGGCAGGCGAGGACAGAGCCAUACUGUUGGGCCUCAGCAUGGUAUUCUUCUCUGUCAUGAUGUACUUUGUCCUGGGCAUCACCAUAUUGCGGUCUUACUCUGACAGUAUGUGGACAGAUGAGGAUAGCUGCACCAUUGUGAACUCCACCAUAGUAUGGGAUGUAAACUGUUCAUACAGCUGUGGAGUAGAGUGCUGGAAAAGUUCCCGUUACCCUUGUCUCCAAGUCUAUGUAAGACUAAACUCAUCAGGAAGGCUGGUACAAUUGCUGCACAACGAGGAGACACAGGACAGCAAUCCUGAGUGUUUCUACAUUCCAAAGUGCCAUAAGAACUAUGCUGCCACAUACACCAUGGUUCAGAACAUUUCUCAGCGACUCAGGGCUCAGCCUACAGUUCAGUGUUAUGUUGACCCAACAGAGAAGACGGACAGUGCCAUCAUGACCCAGAUUUAUGGUCGAAUUGCUGUCUUCCACUCUUUAUUCUGGCCAACCUGCUCUUUGAUUGGAGGAACUGUCAUCAUUGCCAUGGUAAAGCUAACCCAGUACCUCUCCAUCAUGUGUGAGAGACUCAGCCGUAUCAAAAGAUGAAGGCCAUGUCUCAGAUGGAACAUCGAAGAUAAACUGAGAGGUUUAUGUUGUCCCAAUAAAGGAAGAAGUGAAAACUAAAGAACGUUGGCUGUAGACUGCUACUUUGUGAAAUAAAGACAUCUGGACAU